ACAUUUUCCUUCUUUUACAAAAGGAUUUGUAUUUUUCAAGCAAUCUUUGUUUGUCCUUCGUACCGUGACUAUUAUUACAGCAUGCCCACGUGUCGUAUUAGUUAUUUACUGCAGAGCAGCGACAAGUGAAUGUGGUAUUUUUAGCAAGUUUGUUUUCCUUGAAGUGGUGCGAACAGAGAGCAGGAAACCGAGGGAGAGCACUGCACUUGACCGAAUUGUUUUUAGCCCAGUGACCACCAUUGACAUUGAUGCAUUGCAGCCAGUGGACUCUAGUGGUAUCUAGCCUAUGGUCACUAUUAAAUUGAACGAUUUCAAUGCAUUUGCAGAUAGACCUGCCAGCAACAUGUUGGGUACGAAUUAAUUGGCUCACAGCCAGUCCUUUGAAAAGAAGCAGCAGGAAUACAAGAACAGAAAGUUGGGCAAUGAUUGCCAGAGGUUCUGAGCCAGCUCAAGAUACUUAUGCCUGCAAUGGCAAUCCCUCCGUGGAAGACGAUCCCUCUGACAUCAAGCACCUGAAGAACAAUAACCAAAGGGAAAACCGAAACCAACGCGUUGGUGGCGGAGGACAAGAAAGCGGCUCACCGCUGCAGGAAAUCGAUGAACAUUACGUCUGCGACAUUGCCAUGAUGCGAAUCGGCGGGGAGGAGAGCGUCCCGGUGACACACAAUGCGCCAGUCGAUGACUCACAUUUGCUGGUCCACAAUGAAAGUACAAACAAUGAGAACGAGGUGGAGAUCGAUCGCCAGGAGGAAGAGCAGGCGGUCAGCGAUCUGGUACGAUCGAGCAGUGCCGGUGCCCUUAUGGAGGCAGACAGCAAAAAUGGUGGCAGCAUGCGAGUGGUCUUCGGCAUCUUGGUGAGACUUGUUCUUCCAUUGGCCAAUGGCGUGGCCAGAGGCAUCAAGGGCAUUCGCGAUGUACGAGUUCUGAGGGUUCUCCAGAAUCUGGCCUCCAGCCGGCAGGCCCUUACUAACUUGGUGGCCUUUGCCGCCAACACAAUAUCACUGAAUCUGUCCUCGGUUCAGGUUUCCAAUCGCAUGGGGCCAUUACUCAAGCUUCUCAAAAUGCGCAAAUCGCAGGAUGGCUUGGAGAGUCUUCCAGACACUAUGAGUACUCCCUCCACGCCCUGCACACCCUGUCCGACCAGCAAUCCGAUGCAGGGUCCGCCCUUUUACAGCGUUCGCUCGGAUGCGCCCAGCUGUUGUACCAUCAAUAUCCUAGCCGAACCACCACCGGGCCAGCCUAUUCGAGCAGAUAUUGUGCUCAUCCAUGGUCUACAUGGAUCCUUAGUUAAUACGUGGAAGCAAGGUCUCUGGCAGAAUGAUCGCCAGCCGGUGGAAUUUGAAAGACCACCACGUCCUCCAGUGCGUCCGCCAAAGAGACCUCGUCACUCCCGCAGUGCGGCUAUUCAUCCAGCUCCGCGGGAGAAAAGGGCCAAGUUUACUUCUCUUAACCGCUAUAUGGACACCCCAGAUGAUGCUCCAGUAAGACAGAGGACACGGCUGCAGAGAUCCGUGGCUAUGCAGCCAGAGAACUUCCAGUUCAAUGCUUCCGAUAGCGAUGAUAGCGAUUAUGCUUAUGUCUGCGGAGAGCCAGAAGACAUUCAGAUCUGCGAGGGUAUCGAGUACAGCUUUCCCACUUUCCGGCUGAGAAUGCAGGACAAUAGCCGCCUUCUACAAGCUGAGUUGGAGUCUAUGCUAGAGGCGAAUGGAAAUGAGGAAACAGCAGGCGUAGGGAAGGAUGACCGCCCACGUCCUGCCUCGCCAGCCACGCCGCGAAAGUCCGCUCGCAAGAGCAAGCCCUCGCCCAAUGAUCCCAACUACUCCAAGUGUUGGCCUGGGGAUUGGCUUCCUCUGGAUUGUCCUGGUGUGCGGGUUAUAGCAGUCAACUACACCACGGAUCCGUACCUCUGGAGGCCGCUUUGGAAAAGAAAAGAGCAACGCUCUAGCUUGAUACAACGCUCCAGGGAAAUGGCCGAAUUGCUUAUUCAGCAUCGAGUGGGUCAUGGUCAUCCCAUUAUCUAUGUGGGACACUCGAAGGGUGGCCUCUUCAUUAAGCAAUUGAUGGUGGAUGCCUGGGAAAGUGGUCGUCCGGCGAUGACUCCUCUUUGGAGAUCCGCCCGUGGUUGCUUCUUUUACUCCGUUCCUCAUAGAGGAUCCCACUUGGCCAGCAUCAAGGCGCCGUUACUCUCGCGAUCCGUGGAGUUGUUGGAGAUUGAGAAAAACAACAAGUACCUGUUGGACCUUCAUCGGAGAUUUGCGGGACUAUAUCAUCUGGGUCACUUAAAGAUUGAAGUGUUUAGCUUUGUGGAGACCGCCUUGACGCUCAUGUCAGUGCUGUAUCUACGGAUUGUGGGCGUGGACUCAGCGGAUCCUGGAAUUGGUGACGUCUGCGGGAUUCGCCUUGAUCAUCGAGAGAUCUGCAAACCUCGUGGACGAGAUUGUAUAUUGUACAAAGAACUGGUGAAAAUGAUUGAGAAGGUGUGCUGAGCAUUCGGUGAAACUGAAGUGCAUUAUGUGAGAAAACCAUAAUGCAUUUAGGACCUGAUCUAUUUGAAACCGAAAUGUGAAUAGAACCGACAACUCAGAGGUGUCAUAAUAAUUACGCGUACCUAAAUGUGAUGCCCCAGCAACCAAUGGGGGCAUGCUUAAUGUUAAAGCGACGCUUGUUGAUUUAAUAGUGCAUAGCAUAGUUGUUUCAUUAACUUUAAUUCGCCUAUCCAUAGCUCAAGUUAGUUAUAAAAACGCAUUAUGUUGCCUCUAGUUUAAGCUUAAAGAGAAAGAAAGAGCAGAAUGAAUAUGCUUAAACAUGCCAUCGGGCGUCAAAUGAUAAUUUUGCAAUUUUUGUGAUCGAUUGUGAUCAUUUUUUUUUAGCACUUCGUUGUGAUGAUCCCUUAAACACCCGUGAAUACGUUAUUGAUAUUGUACCAUACCUAUGUAUUUAGAAUCCGCUAGUACUAUAAAUAUCUUUAUCUAUAAACCGAACUCUACACCGCUGUAAAAUGUUACCAACGAAGACAAAAUUUAUGCAUAUAUGAAUUUCCAGAAAUUUAAUCAAUCGAUGUUUUAUACUUACGUUAUAAGGAUUUAAUUACUAAAACCAAUAAAAAAAUUAUAUUUU